UUACUGUCUACAUGGACCACAGGAAGGUCAUUGCAGCCUCACAAACUAAUUAACCCUGAAAGAGACAGGAUAGAAAGACUAAACCAUGAAACUAGCUUCCUCUGAAAUCCGAUUUCAACACAUUUCAACAUGUGAGAAUCAUUGACAGUUCAAGAGGAGAAGUUCCUGUUUUCAGGUAUUAACUUAAAAUAUGUAUGUCUUUUCUGAUGGGGGAGAGGGAGUGAAUGACUCUAUAAACAUAAACUAUCAUCUGCUGUUUCUGACAGACUUCUACAUUUUUAUGUCAGAAAGGUACUGGCAGCAUAGCGCUGAGCAGGAAACCCCCAAAACCUUCAGAAAUAGAGACAUCCAACAAACAUUCGUUUUCGAGCUGUUUGCUCAGGACAAUAUGUUUAUUGAGGAUCGUGUAGUAACACUUUUCAAACAUAACUGUCAACAUACCCUGACGUAUUGGAGUGUAUUUUUCAGUUUUGGACUCUGCAUAGCCUUCCUGGGGCCUACCAUUCUAGAUCUGAAAUGUCAGACCAACUCUACCCUACAGGAGAUCACCUGGGUGUUCUUCUCACAGCAGUUCUGCCUCCUUCUUGGCAGUUCAAUUGGCGGCAUUUUCAAGAGAACUGCCCUUGCUGCUCUGCUCCUGUCCACCCUCCUUAUUUCACUGGUUUUUGCCAUCAUCCCUCUCUGCUACAAUGUGCUGCUUCUAGCUGUUGCCAUGGCGGUGUCAGGGUUGGCGAUGGGCAUCAUUGACACUAUUGCAAACAUUCAGCUGGUGACUCUGUAUCAGAAAGAUUCUGCAAUCUUCCUGCAGGCACUGCAUUUCUUCAUUGGAUUUGGGGCUCUGGUGAGCCCUCUGAUUGCAGACCCAUUCUUGUCAGAGCACUGCCCGGGUAGCAACAGCACAGGAGAUGGCACAGUGCUAAUGGACCACUUCAGGCAUAGCCUGGUAUCUGGCUUCAGGAGCCCCGUGCCUCUCAACUUCUCUCAGCAGCCCGGACCAGUGAUAGAGUACGCCGGUGUAUCCUACGCCUUCUGGAUAAUGGCUGUUAUUAAUCUGCCUGUGCCCAUCGCUGUGUUUGUGCUAAUGUAUCAGGAGAAGCUGAUCCCAUGUUGCCCCAUGGGGCCACCAUGCCUGCUUAACAAAGAUGAGCUAGCCACGGAGACCCCGGCAUCUGAGGCCCCAGAGAAGGAUGUAGAAGGCCACAGUAACCUUUUCAGCUGCUGCACGAACGACAGCCUCCGUGGGCUCCCUGCCUCGUUCUUCGGAGUCCAUAUUCUUGGUGGAUUUGUCCUCUUCAUGACCGAUGGCAUUGUGGGGGUCUAUGCUGGGUUUGCGUACACAUAUGCUGUGUCACCACCGAUGUCACUGCAUGCCAAAAUGGCAGGUUACCUGCCAUGCAUCUUCUGGGCGGCCAUCACUGGUGGAAGACUGAUGUCCAUCCCACUCGCCUGUCGCUUCAAACCAGUGUACCUGCUCACAAUCAGCCUGUUGGGGGUGAUAGCCACAGUGGUGCUGCUGUUGGUUUUCUCCACCAGCAGGGUCUUCCUGUUUGUAGGGACGUGUUUACUGGGCCUGUUCCUGAGCAACGUCUUCCCAUGCAUGCUUGCCUAUGCUGAGGAUAUUCUGGACUACCAGGGAUGUGCCACCACAGUCCUGGUAACGUGUGCUGGGAUGGGUGAAAUGGUCCUGCAAGUGCUGCUUGGAUCGAUCAUCCAGACAGCGGGCAGCUAUAGCUUUCUCUUCUGCAGCAUGACCUCUGGUUGUAUUAGUUUAGUGCUCUUCUUCGGCCUGGUGCUAUGUCAGCGCUUCCACGGGAACUAUCUCAGAGGUCCACCCAAAAAGACAGUACCAGCAGCAGCUCCACAUGCAAUUCAUGCACCACAAAGAGUAGAUGAGGAACCAGUGGAGAAUGCACAGAAGAAGACCGAGGAGACAGCAGAAGGGACAUAGCAGCUGCAGGACUGUGUUUUAGACCAAUCCCCUGCAACCUAAAACACAAAACUAAUUUUUGUCAGUAUUUGUCACAUAUGGUACCUGUCAUUAACCUAUUACUGAUGCCACAAUCGAGUAAAUCUUGUUUCCAAUUUAAUAUUCUGUGUGCUUCUAUUGCACCACCAAGGUCACUGGUCUCUUGAGUUUAUUUCAGUGCUGAAAGUAGUAGUCAUUGUGCAUUUUACUGUUGAAGCUUUAUUAGUAGUAGUAAAUAUCAUUUGCUUCUAUUUGCAUUGCAUCUUGCAUUUAUUGUAGAUGGUAUGAUACUGUAAAUAUAUUUCACUGUGUAUGUCACAGUGAUUUGUCAGUGAUAUUUUCACUGUGCAUAUUUUCACCUCUAUAAAUAAUAAAUAAACAUUAUUAUUACUCCCGAGGUACUCUUGGUAAUUUGCUAAGUGAGUAAUGAAACAUGCUGUGAUGAGUUACCUGAUAAUGGGUUUUGUGUCACCAUCUGACAAGGCAAUUAAUUCCAUGUCGCUUCUUCCACUGAGGCCACUUUGGGCCCAUUCACAAUUACCUUCCUCCUAGUCUGUAGUUAUAGUGCUACAGUUUUACUGUAAU